UGCAAUGGCUUGAUGAGCAACGUUUUUGAGAGGAGAACUCUAAGGUCACAGUUCCACACAUGAUCAGAUCGGACGCAAGACUGCAUAAAGAUGAUGUGGAUAUCUGUUUUAGUAAAACCCUGAACUCCUGCAAGGUCCCUCAGAUCCGUUAUGCCAGUGUGGAACGUCUCCUGGAGAGGUUGACUGACUUGCGCUUCCUCAGCAUCGAUUUCCUCAACACCUUCCUGCAUACCUACAGGAUAUUUACCACGGCCUUUGUAGUGCUGGAAAAGCUGGCUGAUAUAUACAAGAGACCUUUCACAUCAAUUCCCGUCAGAUCUCUAGAACUCUUUUUUGCUUCCAGUCAAAGCCUGGAUGGGAAGUCACCACACCUUUGUCGCAAGUUUUCCUCUCCGCCACCCUUAUCUCUUUCCAGGACAUCAUCACCUGUCAGAGCCAGGAAGCUGUCCCUGAACUCUCCACUAAACUCUAGGAUUGGAGCCUUGGACUUAUCUACAUCAUCCAGCGCUAGCAGUCCAACUUCAAUAUUUAGUCCAGCCACUUCCCCACCUCCCAGCACUAAUAAAGUACCUCUAGACCUCAGCAAAGGA